AUGUCACUUGCAGAAUUACCGACUGAAUUAUUAUGUUUUAUUAUAGACUACGCUCAGCUCCACGGAAGCUUAGGAAAUCUUUCACAAUCUAAUUGGAGGAUUCGGACUCAUUGUGCUCCCUAUCUGUUUCACACAAUCAAUAUCGCUUUCUCGGUAGCUAAGUUCAAACAUCUACGUCAACUAUCCAAAUCCUACAUUGCUCAGCAUGUGAAGGCCAUCCGUUACGAAGCCCCGGAGCUCAUAGACCCUCGUUGGUUUUCAAUGCACCCGCAAAAUAUCGAAGCAUGGGAUUAUUUUCGCUCCUGCGUUUACACACCAUCAGAGUAUAACAGAGAUCAGAGAGAGCUCUGUUGGAACUUCCACGGCAGAAGAGUCUCAUACAACAUGAUAUACUCAUACUUUGCUGAGCUAGCCCGCGAACAGCAGACUAUCUUAAUGGAACGUAUAGAUUCUAUCACAUUGGUUCAAUGCAUUCCUCGCUUCUUGCAUCUGCAAAGUAUCGAGUUGUCCUUUAUUGAUAGCACUAAAAAGCCGUUUUGCUGGCUCUCAGGCCGCCUAUUCGUUGGUUGGAGAGAUUCCUACCCUGUCCACUUUGAGACGGUUAUCGAUGCCAUGGUAGCAGCAAGGCGCAAUGGGAUUAUAGUGCGGAAAUUCAAAGUCUCUGGAUUUUAUUCGAAGAUUUCUAUGCCAGGCACAAGUCUCCUUAGAAAGGUUAUGGAAGCACUGCAUAAUGUUGAAGACCUGCGACUUGUUGAUAUUAGCCUUCCUUCUGUUCGUCGUCUUGAACUAGCGAAAUGUUGGCUAUCAGUCAAAGAUCUUGAGGAAUUCUUCCACGUACACUCAGGAACACUCCACUCUUUGCAUCUCGAGGAUACAUGGUUACCUACGGAAACUGUUCAUGAAUGGGGGAUUAGUUUAUCGACUAUUCGAAGGUUGGGAACCUUGCGCAGGCUUACGAUUAAUGAGAAGGCAAGCGGCUGCUGCUACCAGUACAAGGAGCUAUUCGACGGGAUCUCGACAACUUGGAGUAUAGAAUAG